AUGCUUCAAGCAGAGACAGCCUAUGGUGUUGAACCACUCCUCUCAUUUGAUAUCCUGCUUGCAAUGUUCUUAUUCCCUGAGAUCACCAGGAAAGUAUCUGAGUCCAAGCUGUUGUACAUGCACACAUAUCAACUUGAGAAAUGGGACAAAGACUUGGCUAACCUUGAGCACUGCAUCAUCAGAGCCAGAUUCCAAUCGAUUAAGGACUUCCAGCAGCGAUUUAUGAACACCAUCCAUAACUACAACUUCAAGCCUGGCAUCCUAGUCCUUGUCUUUAACAAGAAAAUCAAAGUUGGUACCAACAGGAAGUUUUGUUCUUGCCAUUUCAGUCUCAUGGUUGUAGUCCAGCAUAUCCAAGGAGGAGCAUACUAUCUUGCAGAACUGGAUGGCACAGUAUCUCGGCUUAAAUUUGCAGCUUUUUGGCUUGUACUCUACUAUGCAAGGUCAAGGAAUGAGUUCAAGAUUGCUGAGUUCACAGACACAUCACACCUCAUGGGACUUUUUGAUGAUAGCAUCAAUGACAUAUGA